GAUUAUCUAUCCGCCCUUCCGCUGCCGCACUCGGAGUCCGACGGAGUACAAGCAGCUAGCAGCAGCAAGCAGCCAGCAAGCAGCAGCAGGCUGCGUAAACUCUCUCGUAGAAUUCUAGGCAGACACAUUUUUUAUUAUAAUGUGCGGUGUGUGUGGUAUUUCCUUUUUUUUUUCAUUUUUCUUGCAGGCGGUUAUCAGGAGCAUCCAUCCUUGAUCCAGAGGAUUCGAUUCCCUGUCUUGUUCACACGUGAGAUGAACCGUCAGUUAAUUAAUUAA